CAUCUGUAUAAACAGUAGGGAGAUACCUAAGUCGUUACAGUACUAGAAAUACUAUUGUUUGCCAGCUAGGUCUGUUGCUAACUUGUUACUGUAGCUUCAUACUACUUGCGCUACUGACUAGAUACCAUGUCCUAUCCAAAAAUUAUAUAAGCUUGCUCUUUCGCAUUAGCUAUCUAGCUAACUCAGAAACCAUGAAAAUCUUGUGCUCUGACCCUUGUCCGACGUGCUCGAAACAUUGUAAACAAAAAUGGACAGUUGUAUGAAGUUACUUCCAGCCAUGGCAGCCGGCUUUCCGGGAGUUAGACUGGGACUUGCAACGGUCAGGUGGUUACAGACACAAUCGUCUUCACCUUUAGCGGUGAUUGGAGGCCGGUUCCCUGUGAUGACAGGUAUCUUAUCGGGGUGUGCAUCGCGUAAACAAAUUCGGCAUGUCCACGUGACUGGAGGCCGGUCCAGCCCAGCCACCGGCACGGUGCCAGGCAGGCUACCUUUUGCUACCGUUUCCCAGCAGGACCUGGAGUUCUUCAACAAGCUGCUGCACAGCAGAACCAUCACUGACCCAGAUCUGCUGGAGUCCAGCAACAGGGACUGGCUGAAUUCGGUGAAGGGAUCCAGUGAAGUGUUGCUGAGACCAGAGAGUACGGAGGAGGUUUCUCAGAUUCUCAGGUACUGCAAUGAGCGGCGGCUAGCAGUGAACCCUCAGGGCGGGAACACAGGGUUGGUAGGUGGGAGCGUGCCCGUCUUUGAUGAGAUCAUCCUCUCCACCGCCCUCAUGAACCGCGUCCUGAGCUUCGACCGCGUGUCUGGCAUCCUCACGUGCCAGGCUGGCUGCGUGCUGGAGAAGCUCUCCGACUACCUGGAGGAGCGUGACUUCAUCAUGCCCCUGGACCUGGGGGCCAAGGGCAGCUGCCACAUCGGGGGGAACGUGGCGACCAACGCCGGGGGCCUGAGGCUGCUGCGCUACGGGUCCCUACAUGGCACGGUGCUGGGCUUAGAGGUGGUGAUGGCUGACGGGCAGGUUUUGAACUGCCUGGCGGGUCUGAGGAAGGACAACACAGGCUACGACCUGAAGCAGCUCUUCAUUGGCUCUGAAGGGACGCUGGGGGUCAUCACAGCAGUUUCUAUUCUGUGCCCACACAAACCUAAUGCAGUCAACGUGGCCUUUUUGGGGUGUUCUAGCUUCCAGCAGCUUCUGGAGACCUUUCAGUGCUGCAGGGGCAUGCUGGGAGAGAUCCUCUCUGCUUUUGAGUUCUUGGACAGUUCUUGUAUGAAACUUCUGGAAACGCAUCUGAAACUGGUCAAUCCCAUUACAGAGAGCCCAUUCUACAUCUUAAUAGAAACAGCUGGGUCUAACGCCACCCAUGAUGAGGAGAAACUUCACAGCUUCCUGGAGACGGUCAUGUCAUCAUCACUGGUGGAUGAUGGGACGGUUGCGACAGAGCAAGCAAAAAUUAAGGCACUGUGGGCAAUGAGAGAACGCAUCACUGAGGCCCUAACGCACGAUGGCUAUACCUACAAAUACGACAUUUCUCUGCCCGUGGAGAGGAUCUACCAGCUUGUGACCGACAUGCGUGAACACCUUGGAGAGAGAGCAAAGAACGUGGUUGGCUACGGACACGUAGGCGACGGGAACCUCCACUUGAACAUCACCUCCCCCGCCAAAGACCCCGCCCUCCUGGCGGCCAUCGAGCCCUACGUCUACGAGUGGACGGCCAGGUUCCAGGGCAGCAUCAGCGCCGAGCACGGGCUGGGCCUGAAGAAGAAGAACUACAUCCACUUCAGCAAGCCUCCCGAAGCUGUGGCCCUCAUGGGAAACAUCAAGAGCAUGCUGGACCCCCGCGGCAUCCUUAACCCCUACAAGACCCUUCCGGACUGCCUUCGCUGAAGGGGGGUCGUUCUGGCCCGCCUAGGCCCUCAAAACAUUCCCACCGACCGCCUUGUGUUUGACCACUGCUGUGAGCUCUUGGAUCAAAGUGUCGCAGGGUAAUAAUACAAAGCAGGAGACACUGGCUUGUGAGAAUACCUUGUUGGACAGUACAAAUGAAUGACUAUGACUCUAUGAGUAUCAAGGGGACGGCGAGGCGUCUCAUAACACUGCCAUUGGGGCUGCCCCCACAAUAAAGUCAGUGACAGCAUUGCAUAAUACAGUGAGUCAUUCACAGUGAA